AUGACCAGUAAUGCGAGUAGUGAGACUCUGAUAGCUCAAAUAAACCAAGAAUUAAAAGAGGCUUACAAAGCGGAAGAAGAGUUUUGGAGACAGAGGAGUAGGCAACUGUGGCUCAACUUGGGAGAUAAGAAUAGUGGAUACUUCCACGCGGCUACAAGAGGAAGAAGAGCAAGAAACAACAUCUCAGUCAUUGAAGAUGAGAAUGGAAAAGCAGUGUAUGACAAGGAGAAUAUAGAGAAAGUCAUUACUAGCUACUUUACAGCUAUGUUUACCUCUCAGAGUGGAAGUAGAACAGAUACGGUGGAGCAAAGCCUAAUCCCGAAGAUUACGGAGGAAACCAACGCAAGGUUGAUCCAAAUCCCCUCGCCGGAAGAAGUAAAUGCAGCAAUCUUCUCAAUACAUCCGGAUAAAGCCCCAGGCCCUGAUGGCUUCUCGGCAAGUUUCUUUCACACAAAUUGGGGAACAAUUGGCACUGAUGUUACAAAGGAGAUCCAGAGUUUCUUCACAACCGGCUUACUUCCCCAAGGCGUCAAUGCUACUCACAUUUGCCUAAUACCAAAGAAAACAUCUCCAAAGUCAGUUGCCGAUUACAGGCCAAUUGCUUUGUGUAACGUGUAUUAUAAAAUUAUCUCAAAGAUACUUACGGCCAGACUACAUCCGCUCCUGAAUGGCCUUGUCUCAGAGAAUCAAUCCGCCUUUGUCCCGGGAAGAGCCAUCUCAGACAACGUAAUGAUAACUCACGAGAUCCUCCAUUUCCUGAAAAUCUCACAAGCAAAGAAGAGAGGAUCAAUGGCUAUCAAAACUGACAUGACGAAAGCAUAUGACAGAGUGGAAUGGGGAUUUAUCAAGUCAGUUCUAGAGAGAUUGGGAUUUCAUAUCAAGUGGGUCGGGUGGAUAAUGCAAUGCGUGUCGUCUGUCACCUUUCAAUUUCUCAUAAAUGGAGCAGCGAAAGGCUCUGUCAAUCCGACCAGAGGGAUACGCCAAGGAGAUCCGCUUUCCCCUUACCUAUUUAUCCUCUGCAGUGAAUUUCUUUCUGUUCUCUGCUACAAAGCACAAGAAAAUGGUCAAUUAGCAGGAAUCAAGGUUGCAAAUAGAGGACCGCAAAUCAACCACUUACUAUUUGCAGACGAUACUAUGUUCUUUUGCAAAUCCAAUGAGAAAACCUGCAAAGCGUUAAAAGAAAUCCUCAGAAAGUAUGAAGAAGCGUCAAGACAGAAAAUAAGCUGCCAAAAGUCAGCGAUAACUUUCUCCAAAAAGACUACAGAAUACGUAAAGAAGAGAGUCAAAAGUUUCAUGGGAAUCAACCAAGAGGGAGGCCAAGGAAAGUAUCUAGGCUUACCAGAAGCUUUCGGAAGACGAAAGAAAGAUCUUUUCAAUGCAGUAGUAGACAGAAUCCGACAAAGGGCGAUCUCUUGGUCAACUAAACAGCUAUCAAGCGCAGGGAAGCUGGUUAUGCUGAAGUCAGUCCUGUCCGCUAUGCCAACGUAUUCCAUGUCCUGUUUCAAACUCCCUGUGAAGCUAUGCAAGCAAAUUCAGUCAGUACUCACCCGGUUUUGGUGGGAUGCAAAUGAUGGAAAAAGGAAAAUGUGUUGGAUAGCAUGGGACAAACUAACCUUGGGGAAACGGGAAGGGGGUCUUGGCCUCAGAGAUAUUCAGAGUUUCAACGACGCACUCCUCAAUAAGCUAAGCUGGCGCAUCCUCACAUCACCAAACUGCUUACUUGCAAGGGUCCUAAAAGGCAAGUACUUCCCAACUUCAAACUUCCUAGACGGUAUCUCAACAGAAGGAGGCUCUCAUGGCUGGAAAGGAAUCUCCAUAGGAAGAGACCUGCUAAAAGAAAAAGUGGGAAGAGUCAUUGGGAAUGGAAAAUCCACACGAAUUUGGGAUGAUCCAUGGCUCUCGACUAAAGAGCCUAUACGACCUAUGGGGCCUGCCCCAGAGUAUGCUAAAGAUAUGAAAGUGGCGGACAUACUACUACCAUCAGGAGUUUGGAAUGAGGCCUUGAUUAAUGAGAUGUUACCUCUACAUAAAGAACAGAUCCUCAGUUUAGUCCCAGGCUCUUUUGAUAAAGACGAUAGAUUGGCUUGGCUCCCUCAAGCUUCAGGCGGUUACUCGGUGAAAUCAGGCUAUUACACAGCACGAGCCCGUAAAUUCGCAGGAGCUAUCCCUGAAAUAUCAAACGAUUUCAACUGGAUAUCAAAAGUGUGGGAUGGAAAGUUUGCACCAAAGCUUAAAAUUUUCUUAUGGAGAGCAGUGCAAGGAGCCUUACCAGUUGGAAAACUUGGCAAGCAGAGGAAUCUCGCUUCAAUCCACCUGCAUCCAUUGUGGAAGCCCCGAAUCCACACUCCACAUGCUGUUCCUCUGCAAACUAGCGCAAGAAGUGUGGAGUCUGGCCCCGUUCCGAAACCAAAUAGCAUCCAGAGGAAUCACUAG